AUGAGCCCCUCCACUUUACAAGAUCAACAGGCCAGUGAAGGAGACAACCCUCUAUUGGACAUUGUUCUCGUUGUAUUCAUCCAUGGGUUCAAAGGCACCGACACAACCUUUGGCAGUUUUCCUUCCAGACUCAGGCACGUCCUGUCCGACACCCUUCGAAAUGUCAAGGUUGAAUGUAUAGUUUUCCCCGCAUACGAGGUAAGAAAAUCGGUAGAACGCUUUGCUGACUGGCUUACCACUCUGACCGUCAACAAAGAGGUAGCCUACGGAGUUGGGGCUGGAAGAGCGAAAGUUGUCCUCUGUGGUCACAGUAUGGGGGGUCUUCUUGCGGCCGACUCCCUUCUCGAGUUCGUCAACACACGCCCGGACAAGCAUGCCCCUCUUUGGCCAAACAUCGUUGCAUGUCUUGCAUAUGACACCCCCUAUCUCGGCCUUCAUCCACAUGUCUUCAAAAACAGCGCUCAAAAGGUGGGAACCUACGUGCAAACUGCCCGUGAAGCCGCUUCUGGUCUAUGGAGUUCUUGGGCUGCUUUUAGCAAUACGAAAGCCGCGUCGUCAUCAAACGCCACAGAACCUGUCGGGCUUCUGUCUCCUCCCGUCAAUGCGGCGAAGGGACCUUGGGCUAAAUUUACCCCCGCUGCGUAUGCCAUCGGUGGCGCAGCGCUUGCAGGCGCCGCUGCGGGUACGGCAUAUUAUCGCCGCACUGAGAUUGGCACAGGCUACAGUGCGGUGCUUGACCACAUGAAGUACGUCGGGAAUUUGUGGAACGAAAAGAUGCUAGUAGACAGGCUGGAUGCCCUAGUCCAAGCGGAAACUGUACACGGGGUAAUUUUUCGAGCAUUUUACACUGUCCUCUCGCAUGGGCCGCUUUCACCAAGGGACCGCACGUUUAUCGUCCUCCCGAAAUUAUCUCCCGUGAUAGAUCACUUUCUGGGAGCACAAAAUAAUUUGGCUACCGAUGAGGUGCAAGCGCAUGUAGGGAUCUUUGAACCUUCAACGAACGAUGGAUAUUAUGAGCUAGGGAUGAUGACUGCGAGAUUAAUUCGGGAGGCAGUGAUGAAGGACAGGGGGUUCCGUGUUGAAGACGAAAUCCCUGACACCACGAAGUCCGUCGAAGCUGAUCUUUGGGACGUAAAGGGCGAUUCCGGGAUUCCACCAAGAACAACGCGUUUGGGUGACGGACAAGGAGUUAUUGAUGAUGAUGUGGUGACGGGAGGGGCAUGA